AACGAAUCAAAAAAAAAAAAAAGUGCCGCCGUCAUCUUCUAUUCUUCUCCCCUUCCAAUUCCAUAAACCCCUAAUCCUCACCUGAAACCCCUACCACACUAGUACCAUUACGGCAUUACAAGUUAAACAACCCAGCCGCCACCGCCGCCUCUCCUCCGCCGGCCCCCCGUGCCCAGCCAGAAGAGCCCGCAGGCCGCAGCCGCCUCGCCCAGCGCCGCAAGCACGCAGGACCAGCUCUGCUCUGCGCCGCGCCUGACCCCGCCCUCAGACGCAUUGGAAUCUCAGACUAAGGUAGGAUGGAUGCAGCAGUAGCGAAGGUUAUGGGCAUGACAUGGUAUCGUGGUCAAUUUUCCCAGUUGCAGAACCGGGCAUUUAGAAGUUGCCAACCUCGAAUCUGUUUAAAGUGUCCAUCUGUACAGGCUGACAGAUCCAAAUGUUCUUCCAUGAGAGCUGGGAUAUCAUGUACUCUGAAAUUAAAGUCAGUAUAUCCACUACAAAGUUGUGCUAGGGUUCCAUCCUCUUUCUCUACCUCUAGAGCCAUGACACCUUUUGGAUGUGAGCUUUCCAACUCUGGGAUGCCCACAAAUGUUUCCUUUUAUGGGUUAGUAGGUAGACCAUGGCCGACUUGUUAUGCUAGUAGUAGCAUCAGCAGGUCAUAUUCCCAAAUAGCAAAGGCGAGUACACGGAAUCGUAUUAUUACAAUGGAAGGAGGGAGCAGUGGGAAGAAUAGUCCAGUCAAUACAUUUAAUAAGCGUCGAAAGUCGCCAAAGGCUUUUGCUGCUCAGAAAGGAAAUGCAGCCUCUAAGGAGGAAUUGGCUGUCAGCAGUUCUAGUGGCAAAUCAGCAGCUGUGGAAUAUGAUGACCCCUCCUCUUUAAAGGACCAAAUUGUAAAGGAUAAAAAGAACUCUAUAGUUGACAACGGUGGCAGAGAAAAACUGAAGCGGUCAAGAAAGAAUAAAACACAAAGUCAAUCAUCAAGUGUUAGUGCAUCUACUGAAGCUGCAGAGAUGCCAGAUAGCUCCACAAACAUAUCUGGAGCCAAGGAGAUUGGAAAAAGCAAAAGCAAAAGCAAACAGUCUCACGUAUCCCCAGAGGUACAGUCUAAUCUGACGGUAGCAGAAGUGGUUGAUGGCGUUGAUACAACCAAGACCGUUCAAAAGAAAGUGAAGAGGAACUCUGCUAGAAAUAAGAAACCUAGUUCACCUUCCCCAACUUCUUGUCUGAUCACUAAAACAAAGUCUCAAGGCGGAAAGGCUUGGCCUCAGUUAUAUCCACCUAUUAGUAAAUCUGUUGUAGUGGUCGAGUCAGUCACGAAGGCAAAAGUUAUUCAAGGGUACCUUGGUGAAAUGUAUGAAGUCCUCCCUAGUUAUGGCCAUGUAAGGGAUUUGGCUGCAAGAUCAGGAUCAGUACGACCUGAUGAUGACUUCAGUAUGGUGUGGGAAGUGCCAUCUCCCGCCUGGUCUCAUCUUAAGAGUAUUAAGGUUGCAUUAAGUGGAGCAAAAAACCUUAUUCUUGCCUCAGACCCUGAUCGUGAGGGAGAGGCUAUUGCCUGGCACCUAAUUGAGAUGUUGCAGCAACAGGAUGCACUUCGUGAAGAUGUCAGCAUUGCUAGGGUUGUUUUCAAUGAAAUAACUGAAUCAUCCAUCAAAAGUUCUCUCCAAGCUCCACGGGAGAUAGAUGCUGAUUUGGUGCAUGCUUAUCUUGCCCGGCGUGCUCUUGAUUACUUGAUUGGCUUCAAUGUUUCUCCUCUACUUUGGAGGAAACUACCUGGUUGCCAGUCUGCUGGACGUGUCCAGUCUGCUGCUUUAGCUCUCAUAUGUGAUCGGGAAAAGGAGAUAGAUGACUUUAAAUCCACAGAGUACUGGACUAUUGAUGCUCACUUCCAGAAAAACAAUCCGUACUCAGCCAACAAUGCCACUGUCACUUCACAUCUAACACAUUUGGAUUACAAAAGGCUGAAUCAGUUGUCAAUCAGCUCCAAUGUGGAGGCAAAAAGUAUUGAAGAGAAGAUAAAUCUAUCCAAGUUUGAAGUGAUUGGCUCUAAAACCAGCAAAACCCGGAGAAAUCCACCCAUGCCCUAUAUAACAUCAACAAUCCAGCAAGAUGCAGCAAACAAAUUGAACUUUGCAGCUUCAUAUACCAUGAAAGUUGCACAAAAGCUUUAUGAGGGAGUUGAAUUAUCAGAUGGCAAGGCUACAGGACUGAUAACUUACAUGAGAACUGAUGGCUUACACUUGUCCGAUGAAGCUGCAAAGAGCAUUCAAAACUUUGUUGUUGAAAAAUAUGGACCGAAUUUUGCUACAAAGUCUACUCGCAAGUAUUUCAAGAAGGUAAAAAAUGCUCAGGAAGCCCAUGAAGCUAUUAGACCCACCGAUAUCCGCAGAGUACCAUCAAGCCUUGCUGGGGUCCUUGAUGAAGACUCCCUGAAGUUAUAUACUCUUAUAUGGUGUCGGACAAUGGCAUGCCAAAUGGAACCUGCCAUCAUUGAGCAGUUACAAUGUGAUAUUGGAAAUGCCGAUCAAUCCAUUGUUUUUCGUUCUGCAUGCUCAAGGGUUGAAUUUCUUGGAUAUCAGGCUGCUUAUGAGGAUGCUGAAACCAUCAGAGUUAGACAUAGUGACGAUGAUGGUGGCCACCGUAAUGAUGUAUUUGAGGUAUUGAGUAAAUUGAAAUAUGGCCAGCCAUUGUGCUUGACUAGCGUAGAACUUGAUCAACACCAUACACAGCCUCCACCCCGCUACUCUGAGGGGUCAUUAGUAAAAAAGCUGGAGGAACUUGGUAUUGGAAGACCUUCUACAUAUGCAACCACUAUUAAGGUGCUAAAAGAUAGAAAAUAUAUAACAAUGAAAAGCAGGACAUUGAUUCCUGAAUUUCGUGGUCGCAUGGUGUCAGCAUUUCUAUCGCAUUAUUUUUCGGAGGUAACAGAUUACAGUUUUACUGCUGAUAUGGAGGCUGAACUUGAUAAUGUAUCUGGUGGAAUAACUGAAUGGAAAGGCCUUCUGAAAGAUUAUUGGACUAGAUUUAGCAAGUACUGUGAGAGUGCUAGUGGUCUCCACAUCCAUCAGGUUGAGAAAAUGUUGGAAAAAACAUUUGGUGAUUUCUUAUUUUCUUCUCUUCGUGAUGGAAAUAGGACUUGCCCAAGCUGUCUGGCAGGGACAUUGGUCUUCAAAGUUAGCAGGUUUGGUGCAGGAUACUUUAUUGGUUGUGAUCAACACCCAAAAUGCAAGUAUAUUGCUCAAACGCUCUAUGGUGAAGAAAAUGAUGAUGACACUCAGGACCCACAAAAGAGAAACGUGGAGGAGCCAAAGGUGCUUGGCUUACAUCCAGGAUCCGGAGAGAAGAUUCUGUUGAAGUGUGGUCCAUAUGGACACUAUGUGCAGCUUGGUGAAGACAGGAAAGGGCACCCACCCAAGCGAGCGUCACUGGCUCAAAUAAAGGAUGUUGCCUCCAUCACAUUGGAUAUUGCCGUAGACUUGCUGCAGUAUCCAGUGACCUUGGGAAACCACCCAGAUGAUAGCCAACCCGUGAUUCUGAAGCUUGCAAAGGGUGGAUUUUCCAUUAGACACAGACGCACGAUUGCUCCCGUCCCCAAGAAUCUGAAACCGAGUGAGAUAACCUUAGAGAAAGGUUUGGAACUACUAAAUGGUAAAGACGUAAGGAGGUGCGGACGACCGAAGGGAGCAAAGAACGCUGCACCGGCUGAGGCUAUGUAAUAUGUAAGCAUGGCAUGUCUACUCAGGCUAAUCCACAUUGGAAAUCGAUUUAUAGAUAGAAAUACAUUCUUUCCAGGAACUUUGGAAUGUAAUGCUGCCCUGCCCAAUUUUUGUUGGCAAUAAUUUUUGCUAGUGUAACUUAUGUUUUUUCAAUAAUAGUAAUUUUUAUUGCAAGGUAUUGAAGCGUGAGAUUUAAUUUUAUAGAGGACUGAUGAUGUAAACUGAAGUUGAAAUAAUAGUAGCAACUAAUAACUAUAUAGUGGGUAGUUAUUAUUGAUGGAAUAUUAUGGGUAUUUAUUUUUUCA